AUGGAAGAAUCAAAUUCCACCCAUCUCACUACAGUAGCAUUUGUUCCAAGCAAACAUGGAGCUCGAUCAACGGCCAUAAUCUUGCAGUUACCCGCAGGCGAAGAGAAGGACCCGAAUGCAGUGCCUGAGGUCAUCAUAAAAGAAAACGAUCAAGAACACCCAUCUAUCCGUCCAAAUGUUACAAGCGAUGAAGAAACGCACAUCAUCAUUUCCUCUGGCUCUGGCACAGGAAAGGCGGAGGUAUUCUAUGAGCAGGCUGUGAAGCCAAUAUUAGAGACGCUCUGGCCAGAAGGCCACAUGAAUUUCCUCACUCACCGCACCGAAUCAGUAAGCACGAUCCAAGAGCUGACCAGCGACAUAUUCUUCCCUACAGCCAAUGCGGGUAUAACGUUGCGGAUAAUACUUCUGACCGGAGACGGUGGUAUUGUUGACCUCGUGAAUGGUUUCCUAUCGCAACCACCGUCUUCAAACUACAAGGCACCACAAGUUGUUCUGUUGCCACUUGGCACCGCCAACGCUCUAUACCACUCCAUUAACGUCAGCAACCCCCACCAAAAUACAUGGGGUCUUAGAGCGCUUUGUUUCAACGCUUCUCAAGAAGCCCAGAGGAAGCCUCUCCCGAUAUUCACCGCCUCCUUCUCUCCCGGCGCACGCCUCCUCACAAACGAAGCCCGCGACGAAGAAGCUCUCCCUCAAGACCCCAAAAGCGGCCGCCCAAUCCUUCACGGCGCCGUAGUAGCCAGCUGGGCUAUGCACGCCUCCCUCGUCGCCGACAGCGAUACUGCGGAGUACCGCAAGUUUGGCAUCGACCGCUUCAAGAUGGCCGCAAAGGAAGCUUUGUACCCCGCCGACGGCUCACCACCUCACCCUUACCGCGCAUCUGUCUCCGUACUCCACGGCUCAGAUUGGUCACCUCUUCCGGAGAAAGAGCAUAUGUACGUCCUCGCGACCAUGGUGUCCAACCUUGAGAAACCGUUCUGCAUAAGCCCGAGGAGUGAGCCGCUGGACGGUAGUUUGUGGCUCGUACAUUUUGGGCCCACGAGCGGGGACGAGGCAAUGAGGGUUAUGGGAUUGGCGUAUCAGGGCGGGAAGCAUGUUGAAGAUCCGAUGGUAAGGUACGAGGAGGUUGAUGGGUUAAGGAUUGAGUUUCAGGAGAAGGAAGAUAGGUGGAGGAGAGUUUGUGUAGAUGGGAAGAUUGUGAGGGUUGAGGAACGGGGCUGGGUAGAGAUAAGGAAGGAGGAAAGGAGGGUGCUGGAUGUUGUGGUUGAGUGA